AUGUUUAAGAAUACAUUCCAGUCUGGGUUUCUCUCAAUUCUCUAUAGCCUCGGGAGUAAGCCUCUGCAGAUAUGGGAUAAGGAAGUUGUCAAUGGCCAGAUCAAGCGUUUGCAAGAUGAUGACAUACAAUCCAAUGUUAUUGAAAUAGUUGGGUCAAAUGUCCAGUCUGCAUAUAUUACCUGUCCAGCUGAUCCAACUGCAACGCUUGGCAUAAAGCUACCAUUCUUAGUUUUGAUCGUGAAAAAUCUGAAGAAGUACUUAUCAUUUGAAAUUCAUGUGCUGGAUGACAAAAAUGUCCGCCGACGGUUUCGAGCUUCUAAUUUUCAAGGUAUCACAAGAGUUAAACCUUAUAUUUGCACAAUGCCAUUGAAAUUGGAUGAAGGCUGGAACCAAAUUCAGCUGAAUCUUAGUGAUCUGACUCGACGUGCCUAUGGAACUAAUUAUGUAGAGACCUUGAGAGUUCAGGUUCAUGCAAAUUGCCGGCUCAGAAGGAUGUAUCUCUCCGAUCGCCUUUACUCUGAGGAGGAGCUCCCGCCAGAAUUUAAGUUGUACUUACCAAUUCAGAAAGCCUGA